UUGCGAUCGGUCCCCAUUUGUUUACAUUUUUUCUCAGUUCGGGAGAGAAUCAUGAGAAUCCGCAGCAACCCGCUGCCCCGGCGGCUGGUGGAUGUCCUGUGUUUCCUGCUCAUAGGGAUCUUCCUGCCGGUGGUCUUCAUGUUCGAGAUUGUGGUGGUGCUGCCCGCUUUCCAUGAGCCAGGUGGCUUCUUUCACACCUUCACCUUCCUGAUGGCCAUGUUUUUGGUGUUUAAUAUCAAGGGAAACAUGAUUGCCUGCAUGAUGGUCGACACAAGUGUGGAUGUCAAAAAGGUGGAGCCCCCAGCGGAUUCUUUGGAUUGGCGGGAGUGCACCGAGUGCACACCUCCUCGGUUGGCUCCUCCUCGAUCUUGGCACUGCAAGAUCUGUAAGGUGUGCGUUCUGAAGAGGGAUCACCACUGCCUGUACACGGGCUGCUGCAUCGGCCUGCGGAACCAUCGCUUCUUCAUGGGCUUCAUCUUUUAUCUGUUCGUGGGUUCGGUGUAUGCCUUGGUGUACAACUCCAUUUACAUGUGGAUCAUCCAGGGCCACGUCUACUGCAACUGGCUGACUCUGCUGAAGCUGACCUGUCCCAUGCUGCUCCUGGUGACUGGCAGCCUCUGGAGCAACCUGUACCUGCUCUUCUACAGCUUGAAUAUCCUUGCCCUGGCUUAUGGAGUUCUUCUGUUGGGCUACCACGUGCCCAUCGUUCUGCGGGGUGGCGUGUCGGCGGAUCGCACCAAGGAGAGCAAACUUAAGUACGAUCGGGGAGUGUAUCGGAAUUUACGGACUGUUUUUGGCAACCGCAUGCACAUAGCCUGGCUAUCACCGCUGAUCCGGAGCGAUCUGCCAGACGACGGGUACCAUUGGAGGGACCCUAAGGAUAAUUGAGGCUAUUUCGUGUUAAGAUCUAGGAUAGGUCGAUUCCGAGGCAAUCCGUAUAUGAGUACAGUGAUCUUCCCUCCCUUGGGCCGAGAGUACAUCAGUCUCAGGGUGGUAAAGUUGACUCCUACACCACCAGACAGAAUAAUUGCACGGCCUCUUCGGUCCCAAUCGCUUUCAUCGAGGACCAAUAUCAUGUUUAUAUUGAAACUCAAUGCAGUCGACUUAGAAAUAAAUACAAAAGCUUUAAUAUUAAAUUAAAGCAAUCCAGUUUUA